AUGCGACUGUACUUUUUCAUUUUGCUGACGGCCUUGAGUUGUGCGCAUUCCGUGCGCGACAUGGUCGAUGACGACGAGGUGCUCGAGUCACAUGAAGCAAAGGCCCGGCAAACUGCUAGACAUGGGCCCUCCAGACGGGAGGCCGGGAGCAGUGACCCUGGGCCUCAGCCUGACGACAGCGGCCUCGACGAGGAUGAAGACGAGGAUGCCGGUGGGUCGGAUCGAGAAAAGGAUGCAUUCGAAGGCACGGCAGAGGAUAACGUUCAGAUCGAGGGUGCCGUGGAAGAGUUCAACGACGCUACGAAGGAUGCGGAGAACAAAGCCAAGCUGGUAGACAAGAAUUUCGCCAAGUAUAACGGGAGGUUGGGCGAGCUUCAGGAUCAGCUUCGCAAACUAUCGGCCAUGGCGAGAAGCUACCACCUGCAGACUAUCAAGUGGUUCAAGAACGCUGAGCAAGACAAGUAUUCGCCCAUUGCCAACAUGCCGCUGGACACGUUCAAGAUUUCUAAGAGCAAGGACGAUUUUCCUCUGGGUUCAACAACGCACAGAACUCACGUCUUGGCAUCGCUGAUGUCUGAACUCGCCGAGCUCCGCCUCCUUGCCAUGAGCGUGGGAAAUCUCCACACCUUCCUCCCGGUGACGCACUUCGGUCUCUGGCUGGAUCUCUUGGAGAUGGCUGUGCUGCGGAAGGGAGGGGAGGAGUUGCUUCUCGCUGGCGCUCGGCAGUCCGUUGGCCCCAUCGUGCUGGGAUGUCAGGUGCCAAUGUGCGGAGCUGACGUCGAGAUGGGCUUGGUUGACUUGUUUGUUGAGGCCCAUAUCGGAUACUGUAGCGGCUUAGAGAGGCCAUGGUGCCGUGACCAGCGGAUGUUAGUCAUGCCUUGGAGAUCGCAGCGCCUGAGCUGGCCUCCGCAUGAAGUUCUUGCUGCCGAGCGCUCUUUGGCGGUACCGCAGCUUCUGCCCCGCCCUCUGCGAGUAUGUGCUCCCGGAUGGGGUGGCUGCGACACCUAUUCACGGGGCACUGGUAACUGCCGAAUAUCGACAGCUGCCGCCCGCAAGGCAAAGAUAACGAGGGAGCCUUUUCAGCUCGUGCAUGACAACUGCCACGGGGAAGAGUGGGACUCCAGGAGAAAAGCUCGCUUGCUGCACUGUCCCUUGAAUGCACCUUUGGCUGUUCGACCGGUUUCCAAGUCCGGCUCUCUUUCCGUGGCGCGGUGGAUUUUGCAAAUCGACGCGCCCAAAGCACGCGACCUUUCUUUGAUGGCUUCCACAUGGAGACCCUUUGAGGCCGACAAUGAGCUUUAUUUCGACUGGGCUUCUCGUUGGGUCAGCAACCGAAGAACGGGGUCGGCAAGGGAGCAGGACACGGACGCGAAGGACAUGGCCCUGAGAUCCCGCUUCGGCCAAGAAUCCUCCGGCGUGAUCCUGGCAGCCUCUGCCUCGAGUUGCCUGACCUGUUGCCGGCUUGGCAUCGGGCGGCUCAAGGUCAUCUUCGUCCGGAAUCCCUACAAGCGCUUGGCGUCUGCCUAUCUUUCCAUUUUCUUGGAUCGCUCACGACUUGCUGGGGACAUGGUGACCAACGGUUUCAGAGGCACGAACUCUAGCGUUGAGACCGACUUUGCGUACUUUCUCUGUUUCAUGGCAUCGGCGCUUUUCCCUUACGGCUUGGCCGGGGGCGUGAAUGACAGACUCGGAGUCAACUUCCUGAUGCCAGGCGGAUCUUGGGCGACAGUGCGGAUCAUGCGGUCAAUGCUGUACGGCCUCGGAAUCCAUGCCGGCACCUUGUACGAGGAGUUAAACAGGACUGUCGACCUCCACCAAUUCCAUGUCGUUCACCUGGAGAACAUGGAAGACGACAUGGGGGAAAUGAAGCGAAGACUGUGCCAGGAGUUCAACUUCUGCAGGCCGCUGCCGCCUCUGAGAAUGUGGAACUCUAGGUGGGAUCGUCUCCGUGCAGGAACAACGUCGACGGGCAGGAAGGCGCGCGAGAGGCAGCGCCAGGCGCUGCCUCCCGACGUGCAAGUCCGGGUGCUGCAGCAAUACCAGAAGCACUUGAUGGACCGCUAUCGGCCCGACUUUGUUUUGUUUGGCUACUCAGAGGACCCGAAGAACAUGGACAAAGCACCUGGGUUUCCUGUGAGCUCUUAG